UAAUCUCCGUAGAUUCUACCAUACGAAUAUGCUGAACUGCAUGCGAAUUUUUGUGAUCUGAUGCCCAGAAUAAAACUCGCAUUGGGAGAUUUUUGUGCUUGGACACCUGUCUUGUCUUUGCAAUAGACCAGCUUCAGUGGUAUGCUAGAUAGCACACAUUGAUGAUGUCAGGACAAGAUGGCCAGAAGGAAAAGAGAAAGAGGCCGGUACUCGACCCUAAUUCCCUGAAACCAUGGCAUCAAAUGGUUGCUUCUGGCAGUGGUGCUCUCAUCACUGCUAUUACAAUGACCCCACUUGAUGUAGUGAAGAUAAGACUACAAGCUCAGGCAAAACCUAUGAAGAGUGGUCAGUGCUUUUUCUACUGUAAUGGUCUUAUGGACCACAUGUGUCACUGUCUAAAUGGCUCAAAACCAGGGACAACUGCUCCGUGGUACAAGGCACCCAGCAAGUUUAAUGGAACAUUGGAUGCAUUUGUGAAGAUAGCAAGAAAUGAAGGGAUUUUCAAGUUGUGGAGUGGUCUCUCUCCCACUCUUUUGAUGGCGCUACCUGCAACUAUCCUCUACUACACCUCCUAUGACCAGUUAAAGUAUCGUCUUGACUACAAGCAGGGAGUCAAAGGAGAAUUCUGGAAACCCAUGCUGGCAGGGGGCGGUGCAAGAUUAUUUGCAUGCACAGUGAUUGCCCCGCUUGAGCUUAUACGCACCAAGAUGCAGUCCCGUCCUUUCACCUACGCAGAGAUGAUAGGGUGUGUCCGCACGGCUGUCUCAGAAGAGGGCAUCAUGUCUCUAUGGAGGGGAUGGAGCCCCAUGGUCUGGAGAGAUGUGCCUUUCUCAGUUAUAUUAUGGCUGAACUAUGAACCUCUGAAGGCGAGAAUAUGUAAAGAAUAUGGUCUCACAACUCCAACAUUUCCCAUAGCAUUCUUCUCAGGAGCUUUUGCUGGCACAGUGGCAGGAGUCCUGACACAGCCCUUUGAUGUAUUAAAGACACACAGACAGCUGGAGAUGGGGGAGAUUGGAGACAUGAGAAGAUCAAAAGAAGUGUCAAGUAGCACCUUAAACAUCAUGAAGAGGUUAUAUGCUGCAAAGGGACUGAAUGGCUUAUAUGCAGGUACUUUACCCAGACUCUUCAAGAUAACCCCAGCUUGUGCCAUCAUGAUCGGCUCCUAUGAGUUGGGUAAAUCAGUCUUCCUCGCUGACGUCAAAUGAGAAGAGUACCGGACCUGUUUCACAAAGCAUUUUUUCAAUGACCAAUGACAAGUAUCAGUGACAAAUCUGCUGAUAACCAAUCAGAAGCAAGGAUUUCAGUAGCUUAUAACAACAACUGUCAUUUGUCACUAAUGCAAGUUUUGUGAAACACCCCCUGGUAGACACUCCUAUUCAUUCUCAAAGAUGUCAUAUCUCCAGAUAGCUUCUAGCAUCUGAUAUCACUUGAUAUUGUCUAAAUCAUGAUGCCUUAUCAGACGAGCGUCUGACUUAACCAUGCUGAUGGCAGACAUCAAUGUUAUGCAGAUAUUAUUUUCAUUUCUCUUUCUUUAAAAAAUGAUGUACUCUUUGGGGUAAAUGCUUAUCUUUGUUUGAACAUUAAAGAUCAUAACCUGCACAUGAUCCUUAAUUCUUUAUGCUUUUUUUCAAAAUGUACUCACGAUGUGAUUUGGUCACAAGAGUGGUUCCCAGCAUUCUUUUUUUAUCCACUGUUUUACGCAUGUUACAGGUCACACUGACACACUGCUCAUAAGUGGGCCUAUUUUAAGUUUUAACUAUUAAAUGGUAAUAUUAUGAUGCAGAGAAUGUUUGUAUUUUAUUGAUAGAUAAUACUCCCGGCUUGGACAAAAAUCUGCUUAUGAUUGAUAGUAUUAAAAAAAAAUUUUGCUCAUAUAUUUUGUCAUUUAGUUUGUUUUGUGUGUGCAUGUGCAUGAUUUUAAUCUAAUGCAUAUGCACAAUGAGCAUUUGAUUAUAUUUCCUAAAAGUGUAUUUAGUUUUGCUUUAUAAGUUCAUCGGUUAUUCAAGCAAAGUUAUUUUGUUUGUGUGUCUAUCAUUUCUUAUUCCAUGCAUGUGUUUACAGUGAUGAAGAUUAUUUUCAUGGGAAAUUGACCCGAGGCUGUGGAUUUAUUUUCUAAAUCUCCAUUUAUAAGGAGCCAAUGAGAGUCUGUAAGAAGAGCAUGGAUUGUAUAUUGGUGAAAGAUAUCUACAGAUAUGUAUUCACACCAAGGUGGAGGAUGAAAAGUGUAACAGUUUAUUUCUUUUUAGUUGUCAUUUGUUUGUAUUUUGAUGCAUUUAAUAUCGACCUAUGUGGGUUUGACUUAAAUUGAGAUUAUAUCCCAAAUUGACUCAGUAAUUCAGGAGAGGAAUAUGCACUGAUUUACUGUAUUUUAAAUAGAGAUGGUCACAUGUUGUUCAAAGAACUUAUUUGAUGAAAUCAUCUUCUGGAACCAGAAGGGCAUUAAAUCCUUUAAAUCAUUCAAAUAUUGAUUUAAUGCUGUUAAACCAUUGACUAAUCUAUUUUUAAUUGUUUUCCUCCCUCUUUGGGCUGAUAUUUCUCAUUUGUGAAUGCUGUAAUAUUUUUUAUUCAUUAAACAUUUUCUUUUCUAAAAAAACGGUAAACAAAAAAACAAAACUUUUUUAAAAAGUCGACCGUAGAUUUCAAGAUUUUUGGGUCGCAAAGGGCAAUACAACAUCUUUUCUCUUUUACGCCUAAUGGUGAUCAACUCUAGAAAUGAUGUUGAAUCUCAUGUUUUGUAGUUGCAGUGGAGAUUCAUCGACUCUCUCUCACUCUCUCUCUCUCUAUUUCUCUCCCUCUCUCCCUUUAAGAAUUCUCAUAUUGAAUAUUUUAAUUUCUGGGAUACCGGCUCAUGAAAUGUGCUGAUGUGCUAUGUUUUGUAAUCUUUAAAUUCUGUCUGUCUUUAAAUUAAAUGUGUGUAUAAAGGAUCAAAACGCUUUGUCAGAUUCUACAUUUGAAAUUCAGCCCUUACUGUUGGCACUUCAUCUUGGCAGUUGCCUGUUUUUUUUUUUAAAGUACCAGAUUUCUCAUUGACAGAUGAAUUUGAUGCAACGUAAUGAUUUCAUAUUGUUUAUUGGUCAUAUAUUUGUGGUGGUGUUCCUCUUGGUAUAAUGAGAGAGAGGUGUUAUUAUAAAAAAUGAACGAUGAUUUGACCCCACAUUUUCUUGGAAUUGUUGCAGUUCUGGUAGUAUAUACAUGUAUUUGGACCCAACCUUGGAGCACAGACUACCUCUCAAUGGCUGUAUGUCAAAUUUGAUGACAAUGCAAUGGUUCUAUUAAUAGCCUCAUGAAUUAUAGAGAUUAGUGAAUGGCAAUAAAACAUUGAAUUAUUUACUUAUUGGUAAAAUGAUAAAAUGAGAGUACAGAAGUAAAUGCAUCUUUGUGUAGUGAUAUAUUAUAUCACUAUACAUUCAAUACUGAAGCAUAUGCAUGUCCAUGAACUUAAGUUGAAGAAUCCAUCCACCAAAAAUAAGCAUGUCACCGAAAAAUGUCAUAUCACAAUUUUAUAGUUCUUGCCUUCUUUUAAAUUUGCAGAUAUGACAAGGAUUUUUAAAGAAAUAAGUUGUGUCUGGAGAUUAAGAAGGAUAAUAACAAAAUUGAUGGAAAUGUGUUUUGUUCAGAAAUGUACGGAUAUUUUAUUGUACUUUAUUUUAAAUCAUGUUUUUUGUAUACUUAAUGUUCUGCCUGGUCCAUGCAUUUAUAUUGAGAAUAUGUACAGAUAUUGUAAAUUACAGAUAUUGUAUGCCCAGGCAGGGACUUGGCAACAAUGUUGUGUGUAAACUAUGAUCGUAUUUAAAAUCAUUGAUCUCCAUUUGUGGGAAUAAAAAAAUAAAAAAUCAUCAUUGUACUUUCUA